AUGCAGACUGCUACUACAACCAUUUGUGAAGACUGUGCAAUAGGUCCAUCUGUGAAAUUUCCUUGUUACUAAAUGUUCCUCGGUCAACUGUUAGUGGUAUUAUAACAAAGUGGAAGCAAAUGGGAACAAGAGCAACUCAACCAUGAAGUGGUAGGCCACGUAAAAUGACAGAACGGGAUCAGUGUGCAGAAGUCACCAAAUGUCUGCAGAGUCAAAAGCUAAAGACCUCCAAACUUCGUGUGGCCUUCAGAUUAGAACAACAACAGUGCAUAGAGAGCUUCAUGGAAUGGGUUUCCAUAGCCGAGCAGCUGCAUCCA